CAAGUGUUGCAGAGGAUGUCUGAACUAUAUCGCUUCAAAAGUUUUGUGCCUUUGUGACGAAGGCGGCUGCUACGUCUAGGUUAUCACCCAUCGUCGCCCCACUCACGUUACCAAUUAUUAAGUCCACGGUCGGGUCUUUCAGGAGCGCCGCUUUAGUGCACCCGGCUAUGUUGAGAGAUGAUGAAGAGGAUCCUCCUGGAAACAAAACCGGUCCCCGAGUUACAGGAGAAGCACAGUGUGACCACGAAGUACAGGAAUGCGAGGCGGGUGAAACAGAGGCUAACUUGAAAACACAUUGGACACAUGGCACCAAGAACCCAUCCCACAAAGGUUUUAUUCCUUGGAGCGAGUUAAAUAAAAACCACGACAUGAAUCCGACAUAUCAUCCAAAGUAUCGUGCUGUGUUGCGAGAUGAUGAAAAGGAUGCUCCUGGAAACAAAACUGUAUUUAUUGGUACCGGUCCCCGAGUUACAGGAGAAGCACAGUCAGCUAAAUUUCCCAUUCGAAGUCAACCAUUUCAUUCGUUGUGUUUUUUACAAGGUGACCACGAAGUACAGGAAUGCGAGGCGGGUGAAACUGAGGCUAACUUGAAAACACAUUGGACACACCUCACCAAAAACCCAUCCCACAAAGGUUUUAUCCCGAUGUGCGAGUUCAAUGAAAACCACGACAUGAUUCAGAUAUAUCAUCCAAAGUAUCGCGAAGAACUUUGCAAGCUAAUAAAACUCACAGCAGAUCUUACGGUUAGAAUUUCUGUCACACACACAAGUCUUGCAAGACCGAAUUUUAUUGAAAACACAGUAAAACCUUACCCAUGUAGUAAUUCUAGGGGUAAAAACUCACUUCGAACUGGAACUGGUAUGAUAGUUGGUGUUACGAAGUUCCAGGAGGAAGAUAAGAAAACGUGUCCGUGUGAGGUGUGUAGAUCUUCGGACACGCCCAUGACGACAUGGUGGGUGGCCGGCGUGAUGACAGCUACACAUGUUGUGUUCGACACGAGCGAGGCGGAGACAGCGAGGUGCCGGCUGUUCUUCGACAGCCAGGACAGCCCUUUGGUGAUGCUGGACGGCUGGAGAAUGUGGGACAUGACCAUCAAAGGGGACACUUGCAGGUUCUCGUGCGCGUCACAUGAUAUGGCACUGUAUGAAAAAAUGUCGGAGAUCUUUACACGGUAUCUGCAUUUCCAGACGAAUUUUGAUGAUGUUUUGACUUAUAUCGUGUCGCACCCGCAUGGAUGUUUCAAGCAUGUUUCAAUAGGGAUCUACGAGAAAAAAGAAAUGACCAAAGCACAACUUUGGUACAGAGCAAGUAGGUAUCAUUACAAGUUAAGUACCUGUGCAGGUAGUAGCGGCGCCUUUGUGUUUACAAACACCAAACUUCUUGUCCCUCACGUGCACAGUGGAUCAAAGGGGAAAUGCAACUACAGCGGAGAAGGGUUUGAGGAUAUAAUUUAAAGUCUACAACAUCACAUCUUUCUUGUACAGAUGGUAGAACUUGUAGGGUACAUAUAGCUUGCUGUCUUUCACAUAUGAUAGACUAUAGUUUACUCAUCACAACUAUAAUUCUUGUACAGUUGGUAGAACUUGUAUUGUGCACAUCGCAGCUAUCUUGUACAGAGGAUAUAAUUUAAAGUGUAGGCCUACACAUCACAGCUGUCUGUCUUGUACCGAAGAUAGCAUUUGAAGUGUACACAUCACAGGUAUCUUUCCUGUACAGAAGGUAAAACUUGUAGUGUACAUAUCACAGCUAUAUGUCGUGUACAGAUGGUAUAACUUAAAGUCUACACAUUAUACCUGUUUCUCUUGUAAUAAAACUCAAACUUAAAGUCACACAUCUUUCUUGUACAAAUGGUAGAACUUAAAGUCUAAACAUCAUACCAAUCUCUCUUGUAGAGAUGGUAGAACUUGUAGUGUGCAUUUAUAGCUGCAGCAAAAAAGUGCCAAUACAAGAUAGAUGCCAUUGUAUUUAUGAAAGAAAUAACAGUUUUACAAUAAAAAUAAAGUAGUUACCCUUCCAAACCGACUUUCAAUGGUGUAGUACAAGAAAAUUUUACUUUAUUGUGUCCUUGGUAAUUAAAGGGGUAGUAUUGUUAGCACCACGCUCAGCCAAAAACAAUUAAAGAACAGGUAAAAACAUCUUUUCUCAAAGAACCAACACGUUUUUGUAUUGCUUUGUUCUAAGGUUUUCAUAAAUAUUUUUAUAUGCAAUUUGUCACAAUAAUUUUAUAAUUAUAGCUAUUAGAUGCAGUGGCGUAGCGAGGUUGGGUGUCACCCGGUGCGGCACUUAAUGUUGCCA